UGGGAGGAGGUAUAGUGUUGUGCUAAUUUAAAAUUACAGUUGUUAUGAACUAAUGAUUUGUGGCGAUUUGAAUACAGUGUAAUAAUUUGUGUAAGAAACUCAUUUACUUUUGCAUUAUUAAGCUAUAUUAUAGUGUUUUACCUCUAAUGGAUUGUUGUUUUUUAUGCGUAUACACAUGUGAUCAAUACAACAAUAAUUAUUACUUUCGUGCACGAUUUCUUCGCUAAUGAGGAUUUUACGUAAAAUGAAGCGUCCGUAAAAGAGAACUGCACCGGAAAGCCAACAAAAUCAGACAAGAUGGAGGAGCGAGACAAAGACGAGGGCACGGGCGUGCCCGACAUGACCAUGAUGCCUCAGAUCACCGAGCAGGCCAUCAACGACAACCUCAAGCGGCGGUACAUCCACGAUCUCAUCUACACAUACACAGGAUCAAUCUUAGUAGCAGUGAACCCGUACAAAGAAUUAGGAUGUUACAACAUGGAGGACAUGCAAAACUAUCGCGGCAAAGCCUUUGGGAGUCUACCGCCGCACGUGUUCGCGCUGGCCGAGUCUGCGUACAGCUCGCUGCAGAAUGGCGAGAAGAAUCAGUCAGUGGUGAUAUCAGGAGAGAGUGGUGCAGGGAAGACGGAAACCACGAAGCUUAUCCUGCAGUACUUAUGCGCUGCUGGCGGUCAGGCUUCCUGGGCGGAACAGCAGAUUCUUGAAGCCAAUACCGUUUUAGAAGCAUUUGGUAAUGCAAAGACCGUGCGCAAUGAUAACUCAUCUCGCUUCGGAAAGUUUGUAGAAGUGAGAUUGGAUCAUCGGGGAGGUAUCCGAGGUGCAGUGCUGCGAGAUUUUCUUCUAGAACGAGCAAGGAUAACAGGUCCGGCGCCUAGGGAAACCAACUACCAUGUCUUCUAUCAGCUGGUUGAAGGCGCGAAGCACAACGCCGAACUUCGUACCAUACUGCGGCUCCGAGAUGGCGUCCACUUCAAAUACCUGAACCCCGAAGACGAGGAAGCUCGCAAGGGCAGAGGUGGUGAACAAGGGAAACUGGAAGCCCUGCAGCUAGCUUUGACAGUGCUGCAAGUUCCCUUGCACAUGUGCGAGGGACUCUUCAAAGUGCUGGCGGCAGUGUUAUGGUUGGGGAAUAUACAGUUUCAGGAUAUAGACGGUGAGCGAACAACUCUGGCACCAGAAGAUGCAGAGGCGGUGGAUGCUGUAGCCAAUCUACUGGGCCUCGCCCCGCUCACAGCGCAAAGAGUACUGCUCGAGAGACAGAUCAAUGUUAGAGGAAAUGUCACUGAUAUACCACUGCGAUUACCGGAGGCCAGAGAAAACCGCCAUGCUAUGGCUCGUGCUCUAUACGCGCGAACGUUCGCUUGGCUCGUGCGACACGUGAACAGCUGUUCCGCCCCGGGGAGAGAGGCGAGACGAGCUCUCGGAGUUCUCGACAUAUUCGGCUUCGAAAACUUCGCCGUCAACUCGCUAGAACAACUCUGUAUCAACUACGCUAACGAGAAAUUGCACAUGUUCUUCAAUAACUACGUGUUUGCGCUUGAACAGGAAAUUUAUCGGCAAGAGGGCAUCAAAUACCACCAAAUACAGUUCACCGAUAACGCUGCCUGCUUGGAACUUUUGGAGAAACCACCCAGAAGUUUGCUCAAGUUACUGAGCGAGCAAUGUCAUAUGCCAAAGGGAUCAGAUGGCGCAUACCUCACAAACAUCCAAGGCGAGUUUGGCGAACACCAAAGCUUCGUGAAGGGGUCCCGAAGGAAGUGGGAGGAGGAGUUUGGAGUCCAGCACUACGCUGGCACGGUCACUUACAGCGCGCAGGGCUUCGUGGACAAGAACCGGGACACCCAGCAGGAUGCCUUUAUAGAUCACCUCAGCAGAUCUGCGAAUCCCUUUGUGAGGGAGCUAGCGGAUUACGUGCAGGACUUGGCGCCACCGGGACAUGAUAUCUCAUUGUCUAGCCCCGGUUCAACAAGUACUACGCAAAGAGGGACAUCCAAAGGAAGGCCUACAGUAGUGGAUACAUUCAGGGCACAACUGCAGUCGCUAGUUGACAUGCUGCAAGUUACUGACGUGUGGUACGUCCGCUGCAUUAAACCAAACGAGAACAAAGUAGCGGGUAAAUACAACGACCAGUUAGUUCUAGAACAGCUGAGAUACCUCGGCAUGAACGAAAUAGUUCGUAUCAGACGCGAUGGGUUCCCCAUACACUUGCCAGCGCCGAUGUUCCAAGCAAGAUAUAGAUGUUUGCUACCACAUCCUCGACCUGCUAACCCGGAUAUAGCGUAUAUAAUGGGACUGGUAACUGCGCCAUCGGGAGAUUGGCAAAUAGGGCACACAAAGAUAUUUAUGAGAAGCUCUGUGCAUGGACCGCUGGAGGCUAUGAGAACGGCUCUACUACAAUCAUCAGCACUUCUAAUACAAAAGUGGUAUAAGGGCUCAAUCAAACGUCGCCAAUACCUGCAAUGGCGGCGAGCGGCUAUAGUCCUGCAAGCCGCCUGGCGCGGAUGGUUCGACAGAGCGGCUUUCCUGCGAAUGCGACGAGCUGCGUUAACCCUCCAGAGGCACUUGCGAGGCGCUUUCGCGAGAGAAGUGGCUGCAGCCUUGAGGGAAAUGAAGAGAGUCAACCAGGAGAUCAAGUUGAGGGAAGAGCGAAACAGCCUCGCAGAGAAAGCGGAGCAAGAGCGGGCGGAGCUAGAGAACAUGGCAGAUCAACUGCGUGGUAUCUCGUGCUCCGGCGCACGCGCAGAGUCCGUCAACCUGGACAACCUGUUCGACUUCCUGGCGGACGUGCCCGCACAGCGCGGCGCGCCUGACGGACAGUCGCACCAACCGACUAUCGCCGAGAUUGGCGACUCUAUGGAGCGGCUAGCUGACGACUUGCACCAUGAGCUGGAAACGGUACUCGCCGAAGAAAUGGACGAGCUCAGCAAAGCGGAUACCGAGUUCCAUCGCAAACCCGACGGCGCCCCGUCCGACGCUAUCCCCCCACCACCGCCCUCCUCCCUCGCCUUACAAUCCAUUCUCCAACCAGCCACACCGGUUGGUUCUAUGACAUUAUCGAUGAACGGGAUAACGUCCAAUGGCAUGUCGCCGACUGAUGUGAUGACAUCAUCGCUGACCAAUGGCGACGUGAUGUCGUCAUCACUGGUGAUGCCGCCGCCGCCGUUAAUGGACCCGUCAGUAGAAGAGUCUCCUAUAUUCCCACCACCGCCGCCUUGUUCUCUGCCCGAACCAGCCGGACCGCCGCCUCCACCACCGCAAGCCAAAGAAGUAACACCACCAGACCUCACAAACGGCAUAAUACCGAACGGCAAAGUGUCCAUCAUAAAGGACAAGGAGCCCAUAUACGAGUCGGUCAUACCACGACCCAACGGCGAGCCGCUUGUGACGUCACCGCCACCGCCACCGCCCUAUCCACCAGAAACUAACGGAUUCUCAUCGACUAAGGAAGACAUGGAUUCUGAGGCACCAUUACCACCGUUGCCUAGCAACGUGACGUCACCAGUACUGACCGAUACGACGUCACCGAUCGGCAUGGACACUUGCAUCAGUCCGCCACCCACAAUGAAUGGAGAUGCUAAUAAUGCAGAACGUAGUGCGCGCCGUAAGGAAAGGGUAGAACGUAGACUACACCAGUUGGAAGCUCCUCCACAAAACACAGAUGUUGCUCCAGACGCUACGACUGAUCUCACUGAGUUUGCUAAACUGUACUUCAAUGACCAUCCUCGAUCGCCUGAAGGUACAAUAAUGGCAACGCUUACUCGCAAGAGUAAGUCGAUGGAGUUACUAACUAAAGAGGAAAUGAUAACGUACCACAAAGGCAACAACAUUCCUACAUCACACAUACAGUUGCACGAUCCGGACAGUGUUACUGCCGCUGUGAAUAUAUUCCGGGAUUUGUGUCGAUACAUGCGAGGAGAACUAACAGCUGAAAAGGAGACUCAAGUCAUUCAGUCGAUCAUAGGAAAAGGAUUGGAAAGGGAGGAGUUGCGAGACGAAAUAUUAGUUCAAUGUGUCAGACAAAUAACAGAAUGUCCCGUGGAAGACUGGGCCGAGCGUGUAUGGUUAAUCCUUUGUCUGUGCGCGGUAGCGUGGCAACCCAGCCGCGGGUUGGCUCGAUACUACUGCACCUGGCUCCGCGCUAGGGCCCGACCCGUGACGUCACCCGCGUCCACCGGGUCCGUGACGUCAGUGACAUCUGUCACUAGCAGCGCGAGAGCGGCGCAUUGUGCUCAGUGGUGUUUGGAUAACUGCAGAGGUGCUACACCGAGGCAGUUGCCGCCUAGUACUGUGGAGAUUGCGGCUAUGCGUCGGUUAGGCACCAUCGUCUGCAGAUUCUUCUUCCUCGAUGGUAGGACGAAAGCCAUCGACGUGCACCCGGCGGACACGGCAGCGGCUGCCGCAGCCAGACUGGCCGACAAGCUGGGUCUGGCCCCGCAGGCGCGCGCCGGCUGGGCCGUGUACCAACAGCGAGCGGGCACUGAAGAACAUGUCCGCGCCACGCAGUAUCUAUAUGACGUCAUCGCUGCUUGGGAAAUGCAACAAGGGCCCGGAGGAGGAUCAGCCGACAACCGAUUUGUGUUCAAGCGACGACUCUUCAGAGGAGGCAGGGAGUUGCCUCACGACCCAGUCGAAGUUGCACUGCUCUACGCUCAGGCCGUCCACAGCGUGGUUAAGAUGGACGAGUUCCCGGUAUCAGAGAAAGUGGCGCUACAACUAGCAGGGCUGCAAGCGCAGGUGUCGCUGGGCGAGCCGCCGCCCAGCCCGCCGCCGCCGCACACGCGCGCCUACUACUCGCACCCCGACCAGUUCCUGCCGCCCAGGGUUGCUAAGCAACGACCCGCGCACCAGUGGGCCACUAUACUGGCGCAAGCCCAUCGACAAUACGGCGCUGGGAGGGCAGAGCUGACAGCCAAGGCGUUGUAUUUGUCUUGUGUGAUGCAGUACCCGCUCUACGGAGUCACAUUGUUCCCAGUCACAUACAAAGGAUAUUGGGCUCAUGGUCCCAAUGUACUCCUGGGUGUGGGGGCGGAGGGCGUGGUGUUGGUCCGACCGGCAGACAAGGUCGUGCUAGCUGAGUACCCGUACACUAACAUCGCUGCUAUACUGAUGGACCCUGUGGACAACGGCCUAACGCUGAGUCUCACUCACCACGGACAGCAUGACGGACUCAGAUGCAUAGUACUAGAGUGCUCUCAGAAGGCCGAGGCGGCGUGGCUCAUGGCGGCCUACAGCCCGGCCUUAGGAGGAAGUCUCACCGAGGAGGCACCUCGUCGCGCCGCGCCCGCAGCGGAGAGGACCAGACUUGCGGCGGCCUUGCGAGCUGCGCGACGCGCCCUCAUAGACUCCGCUCUGCUAAGGAGGCCUCAAGAUCUGUCGGCGGGCGGCUUCCUUAGAAACACUCUGAGAAGGUUGAGCAAACACCGCUUGGAGCGCGUCCGGCUGGACAUAUCGGCGGAGUCGCAGGGCGAGUGCUACAAGGGCUUCCCGUCCGCCUACUGGAGCUGGGCGCGCAGUCUGCCGCACAGCCUUACCAAGCUCAACGAGGCGGAGGAGGUCGCUGCCAUGCAGAUAUUCAAAGACAUAAUGAGUCACGCUGGGUUGAGCAGCAAUGAGGGUAGCACAACAAACCUGGCCAACAACAACAGUGUGAGCAGCCACGAGAGCGACAGCGACGACCGCGUGGCGCUGGCGCAGGCGUUGCUACAGCGGUGCUUGCAAAAGGACACGCUGCUCUGCGAACUGUAUGCGCAACUAAUCAAGCAGACGACGGAACACCCCGACCCAAGCUCGCGCGUGUCGGCGCGGCACUGGGCGCUGCUGUGCGCCGCGGUGGGCGCCGCGCUGCCGCCCGCCAAGCCGCUGCGGCGUCUGCUUCUGGCGCACCUGCGGUACCGCGCCGCGGCGCUGCACUCCACCGAGGAGGGCAAGUUCGCCAGGCGAGCGGAGCAGGUGGCAUUAAGUAUAGCCCAAGUACCACGUCGUCUGGCUGCACCGUCGAAGGAAGAACUGCUGUGUGCGGCGGCGCGUAGACCCAUGCAUGUGCGCGUGUUGUUGCUGGAUGGCAAGCAGCAUGGCUUGGUGUUCGGCCCGGCCGCCACUGCCGACCAUCUCGUAGCCAUGCUGCGGGAUAAGAUCGGCCUCAAUGAUGCUGCCACUGGUUACGCACUAUACGAAGUAUGCGCAAACUCGAGCCCGGCGGGUGCGGGAGAAAGAGCCCUGGGCGGCUCGGAGCGUGUCGGCGACGUACUCGCUCGAUGGGAGAAAGCUGGCGCCACUGCUGCCGCUUGCAGGCUAGUGUUUAAGAAGCGUCUGUUCCUCGGCGAGCGGCCGCUGCACACGGCGUGCGUGGCGGAGAUGGAGCUGCUGUACUACCAGGUGCUGCACGCCGUGCGCCACGACCGGCUGCCCAUCGAGACUGAUGAGGCGGUGAUGCUGGCAGCGCUGCACGCGCAGGUGGUGAAGGGCGACUGCCUGGGCGGCGGCGAGGAGUGCUCAGCGGCGGCGGGUGCCGUGCUGCCCGCGCGGCUCGCCACGCCCGCGCUGCCCGCGCCCGCCGUGCGCCUGCACCACCUGGCGCUGCGCGGCACCGAGCCGCACGCGGCCAUGCAGCGCGCGCUGACGCUGGCCUCCUCGUGGCCGCUCACCCGCGCUACUAUCUUCGACGUCAUGCAAUCGUUCACGUCGAACUGGCCGCGCGCGCUGUGGCUGGCGGUGGACGCGCGCGGGCUCACGCUGCUGCGGCGCGGCGCGCGCGCGGCGCUGGUGUCGCACGACCACGACCAGCUGCUGGCUGUGUCGCCGGCGCCGCGCGCGCUGCUGCUCGUCACGCGCGCCGACCGCAAGCACGCCAAGCUCGUGCUCUCCACCGACCAGGCGUACCAGAUCGCGACGCUGAUCAAGGACUACAUAGAGGCGGUGCGCGGGCCCGUGUUCCCCGCCGUGCCGCAGCCCGCGCGCCCCGCGCCGCCCGCGUCUUGACACCCGCCCGCCUAGUGCCAGUGCUUCCACGUCGCGCACACGCACUAGCGCACGCGCUAGCUGCACACGCAACACGCACGUAGUGUGACGUAGCGGGCACGCUGCGCGGAAUCCGACGACUGCUCCAAUUAGGGUUGCCAACAUUUUUUGAGAAAAAUAUAGUAUUGUUCAGAUUUGGCAAUAAAAAAUAUAGUAUGUAUAUUUUCGACGACUGCUCCAUUUAGGGUUGCCAACAUUUUUUGAGAAAAAUAUAGUAGUUUCAGAUUUGGCUAUAAAAAAUAUAGUAUGUAUAUUUUCAUAAAAACUACCUAUAUUUGUUUGGAUUUGUUGCAUUUUUCAGGUUUUUAUACCUUUUUGAAGGUUUUUAAGCCCAUAGAAAGAAACUCUGUCACAAAUUCACAUAAUUUGAAGUUUAUACUCUUAAUAUUAUGCAGUCGUUCGGGUUUCGCAGCGUUGGGAUAGUCAUUGGAUAUAGAAGUAAAUGUUGAUAUGAUCAUAAUAUUUAUAGUGAUCUAUGAUAGUUAUAUAUAUUAUGUUAUGAAAUAUGUAUGUAACAUAUACGGUGGGUAAGUUGAAACUGGAUAUUAGAAAUUAGUAUAAUACUGAACAACUGCAAGCAAAUCCGAUGUUCGAUGUCCGAUGAUACUUUUGUCAGUAUCAUACAAUGAUGUUAGAAGUAAAAAGAGGUUGAUAGGUUAUAUGCAGAUCGCAAGUGUCACGUUAAAACUAUGCUAAUUAGCAAACCUGAGCUCAAAACCUGAGACAACGCCGCUUAAAUAUUUUUUGUGUGCCAGUUGUAAACAUCGAUUGUGGUUUAUGUAACCUAUCUACCUCUUUUUUCUUCUAACAACAUUGGUGUCAUCAUAAAAUUAAACGGUGUCACGAACGAGUUAAUUGGUAUCAUAUGUGAGGUAUAUCAUGGAGAUUGAAGUCAUAUAUUCUUUCAUUCUAUGCCUCAAUACCUCAACGGUAAGAGCGGUCGGACUCAUCACCGAGGGGUAGUGGUUCGCUCCCCGCCCCGUUGGUCUAUUGUGGUACCCACUCCUAACACAGUCUUUCCCGAAAUUGGAGGGGAAUGGGAAUAUUAGUCAUAUUUAUAAAGAUAUGGCAAAUAUGGCAAAAAAAAUAUAUAUUGUGCGGAAUCUUGGGUAUUAGGUCGAAAGUUUGGUCUUUAAAACAAUCUACCCUCCCCAAAGGCAUAACUAAAUAGCUGCUCGCAAUAACUAAUGUCCAGUAUCAACUUACUAGAAACACUGCACUAUUAUAAAAGUGCAAAACAUGUAUAUAAAUAAAUAUGACGUAUGAAAUAGUUAGCGAAAUGUCUAUGUUGAUAAAAAUCAGUCUGCAUUUACUUCGGAGUACAAAAACAGCGAGAGUGGUGUUGGUCACAUGUGUGAUGGACGAUUUUCAGUUGCCAAGAGACGGGGAAGCAAAACUAAGCAAUAGAAUAUUUUGGUACACUCAGUAUAGCUUACUUUAAUCAAUAGACGUAAUUUAUAUUCCGCUGUUGUAUGACACAGGACCUGGGCCUUAGCCAUGUGGCACGUCGAAUCUCUUUCUACAAACGCUAAAGCUUCGAAAAUUUAAAAAUAUGGGAUAGAAACAGGGGCGUAUCAAUGAUACGGAUCCCCGGACUACAGGGAAAGCAAAAAUUAGUAAAAUGUAAUCUACAAUCACACGGAACCUGGUGCUUUCCGGAAAGUCCUGCCUUUAGACGUUCAGCCCAGAAAUGACAAGAUCUACUCAAUCUCUUUUUUCCCGGGUUAAGCGAUCACACAAAAGUUGGAAACAUCCUACAUAAUAAUGUUUGCUUAAAAUAAAUAUGGCAGUGACUGGUAAAAGUAUUUUAAGCAAACAUUUUUGUUUCUUUUGUGAGAAAUCUACCCUUCAUUUGAGCCCCCCCAACUAAUUUUGAUUCAGGGCCCCUUCAAGGCAUGAUGAAAUUCACUGUCAACAGGUCACGUGAUCAAGUAUCUUUAUAUCUAUCGUUCCCAUACAUUUUCUUAGUUUUCUAAGCGUUAGCGUUUGUAGAAUGGCAAUCGACGCGCCACGUGGCUAAGGCUGCUAUUUGCCUCUUUGUGAAGUGAAUUAUCGAUUUAUGUUAUUGAUUAAGGAUAUUUAUAACAUUUGUGCUUCCUAUAUAUAACUUCCUGUUCACCUUGACUUCUGCUUAGAAGCCGUACAUACUACUUUAGUAUUUUACUCGAGUAUGAACAAUUUUUGGGCGGUAAAUCCAAAAAUUGUUCGUACUCGACUAAAAUACUAAAGUAGUCCGAACUAGACUUAAAACUAAGAAGAAAUAGUGUUUAUAAAUUAACUGCCAACGUUAUUAAAAAAAAUUUAGAUCUAUGGAAACAUUUUUGAGUAGGUACUUACGAUUUUCAUUUCACAAAGUAGCGCAAUGGGUCUUCAGUAAAAUAUGUCAGUAUUAAUAUAAUAAUAAACUAUAAUUCGUGUUACUUGAGAAAUUCAUCAGUAUAGUGUUAAAAGUGUUAAAAUUGUUAAGAUGUUUUUGAUGAUAGAUAGUGAUUGUAAUUCAAUCUUUUUCCCCUCUUAUUCGAUGGUUAACUUUUAAGGAGUCCCCUUCAGGCGGCACUUUAAAACACAAUGUAUUCAAUCGUAAAUUCUACCUUAAUUACAUUUUAUUAAGGUUUAUAAUUAAAUACAGAUGUGUGUUAUAAUGUGUCUUGAAGUUCCGCUGAAGAUUUUUAGCACUAAGCCGACCCACUUUUAAUUCUAGACCCCACUACUAUACAAUAUUAUAAUUGUUUAGAAACCCUGUAGAAAUAUAGACUUUAUGCCCUUAACUAUAAGAUUCAUAUCAGCCUUAAGAAUUCCUAAUCUGUUAUUUCCUUGGCUUCGAAUCUUCCUGUACUGUUGAGUACGUAGCAGAGUAUAUACUUGUUUCGAAAUGUUUGCAGUGUCGUAUGUUUAACCUGAAGUCUUGAUUUGUGCCUUGUAAGGCGGCGAUUGCGUUGCUGACGAAACUGGCUCAUAACCAUUUUGUAUAAAUUUCUUGAAAUUGAAAUGUCUGUUUGUAAUUUUAAAUUAAAAGCUUUUCACUAAAUGCAUGAUGAAUGAAACUAUAUACAGUACUUAUUUCAAACAAUAAAAUUAUAAAUUUUUGUCUCUGUCUAUUUGUCUGGCUAAUCGCUAAAUUAGUUAAAUAUUUUUUUAAUUAAUUAAUUUUGACAAAAUUUUUACUAUAUUAGCCAGAGAUUUGCUUGACAUGCAUUCUUGAAGUACUAUAAUGAUACGAAUUUAUAGUCUAUCAAGUGGGUUGAUGACACUCCCAUGAUAUGCGGGCGACGGGGGGAAAGACUGCACGGGUGUGAAAUCGUGCGUGCAGGGAAGUGAGAUGCAUUAGUCGUGAGUUUUUCAUUCAUCGCUACACGCCCUCCGGCCCGCGACCAUCGGGAGUGUUACAAACGAAGUUGCCAAGCUAUACAUAAUUUUGUGAAAAUAUUUCAGACGCCAGUAAGUCGGCUUACGUCAUCGCCCGCGUGUAUUCAGUGAGCCAAUUGUGCAAAUUAUUGUGACUAAAAAAAAAUUAAAUGACUGUUCCAAAUAUAUCUUCUAUCAUGCAUAUUAUUAUGUUAUAUUGCACAAUGUUAUGUCUCAAUAUUUUAUAACGAAAAAAACGAUACGAUAAUUAUGUAGAUUUUACUGUAGCGAAGCAUUUUAUGCUUGGGAGUUAUGCUAAAAUAAAUAUUAAUUCUAUACAUAGAUAUCUUUAAUGUUUAGGCCUAUUCGGUGCUUAGAUAAUAUAAAUUAAUCAUGGCUUAGUUUGUGUUUCUGAUCUCAUAUUGAGUAUUAUUUAUUUAGAUGCCAUAUUUCGUUAAGCACAAGCAAUAUUUGACUAGGGUGUUUUUUUUAAUUUAUUUAUAUUUUUUAGUACUUUUGUAUAUAAUUGACAAACCAAAGACAUUGAAUCGUCCCUUUGGAUAUUUUUUUUAUAAUUGACAAAUUUUGAAUUAAGUUUAGUUAAUUUUGUAAUUGUAUUUUUUAGGAAAAAUCUUCUUAAUUUUAAUUUAAGAUUUAUAUGUAAUGUAAUAGUAUUGAUUUGAACAAAAACAAAAUUAAUUACUAUGAUACUAUUUAUAAUUGUAACCCUACAUUAUUGUUAUGAUAUGAACUUUUUGGGAAUAAAUGUUUUAAGUUUGAAAUACAUAAUUUUUUUGUCUAGACAUUAUAUGAACUUGUUCUACAAUUAUCAAAGUUUUCUAAAUGUUUACAAAUUCAGAUUGCAGAUUUAGUUCAUGUUUUAGAAUAUUUUAUCUUAAUUUACAUGAUACUCGUAUAUAUUAUAUAUCUGUAUGUGACGGCCGCGUGGCGCAGUGGGCCCUGCUUUCUGCAUCCACGGUCGUGAGUUCGAUUCCCACAACUGGAAAAUAUUUGUGUGAUGAGCAUGGGUGUUUUCCAGUGUCUGUGUGUAUUUAUACAUUAUAUAAGUAUUUAUAUGUAGUAUAUAAAUGUAUAUGAAUAUUAUAAUAUCAACUAUCUUAGCACCCAUAACACAAGCUAUUCUGUAUGCUUACUUUGGGGCUAGAUAGUGAUGUGUAUUGUUUAAGUAUAUUUAUUUUUAUUUAUUUAUUAUUUUUAUGUGUAUUCACUAGCUUAUACAAUUUACAUGCAUUGUUUCCUUGUGGUUUAGUUUGUUCAGCAUCUACGUAUGCAUGUACAGACACAAACAGAAAAACACAUACUUCCACGUACAAAGCAGUGAAUAUUAUUAUACUAAGACGAAUACUAAACAUAAACUGCACAAUACUAUUUGGAAAUUCAAUGUAUGAGCCUCCCAGCUUCCAACUUGUGGCGUAUUCUCAACACUCAGUACAUGUUAUACCUCCAUUGAUCUUCUAUUAAAUAAAAAUUGGAUGCACAAUCAGCAACCAAAAUACGUCCCCACUCAAUGAGUGUCAAACACAACUUAGCACUCGCAUUUGCAAAUUCAACCUUAAACUCAAUUCUUAAGGUUGAAUUUGCUCUGAAUUUAGGAGUUUAUUGAAUAUUGGACUGUAUUUAAAGGCCUUUAUGUAUAAUUUUCUUUACUAAUAAUUCUAACACUGUCAAAGCAAAAUUGGCCAGUUUUUAAGUGAAAUUUUCUACAUGCUUGUACAUCCUUUUAUUAUAAAAGGUCAAUGUAUUUCACCCUGUUUAUGGUACAUUGUUCCAUAUAAUUACAUAUUCCAAACAUAUAAUAGGUUAAUUAAAAUACACAACAGCUGUUAGUUAUGUUCUUUUAUCUGAUAUUUUUUGUUAUCAGGUAAUAAAACUAUAAUGAUUACAACAAUUGCAUUGAUUGUCAUCAAGUUUGAAGCUGGGAGUACAUACUUCAGCACUAUAGUGUUAGUGUAUAUAACAAUAAGUUUCACUUUAUGUUAGACGUAAGAUUGUAUCGUUAUAGUCACCACCACUGUACACGUCCAGUACAACGGUCAACGGUCACACAAACUGCCCAAAUAGACUGAAGUGUCCAAAUAUUUUGUCCUUUUUUGACAGAUUGUUUUUGUUACAUACUUACAUAUGAAUUUUACACUAUUAUUUGAAUGCCAAAUAAAUAUAAUAUAAAUAAAAAAUA